AUGGUGUACCCCUGCAGUCUGUCCGCGGUCGACCCAGAGGCUGCCAAGCAGGCCGCCUUGAGAAGCAUCAAGACACUCAAUCGCGAUCGUACUGAAUUGCCUCGACGCAAGGAAGCCCCCAAGACCCUGCACCCUGUCACCACGGCAAGCGAUGAGGACGAACUCAACUUGGAAGACGAACCGGACCAACCUCGUCCUACUACCCCUGCGAAUCCCAGCGAGCUGACGGAAGAGGAAAUCGUUGCAUCCUACGUUGCCAGGAUAGAAAAGGUACAGGCCAAGCAGGCGCGCGACUCCGCCCAGCAAGCCCGCAUUAUGCGCGCAGCACGUAACCUGAAAUCCCGCCCCGUCGUCUACAACGCCUACGUCUAA